AUGGAUCCUGGGCAGCCUCAAACGCAGCAGCCGCCGCAGGCAGCGCAGCCCCCGGCCUCGCAGCAGCAGCAGCCGCCGCCGCAGCCCCCUGGCCCGGUGACGGGGGCCCCGGCCGGCGCGGCGCAGCCCCCGGGUGCGGGGCCCCCUCCGGCGGGGCACCAGAUCGUCCAUGUGCGGGGCGACUCGGAGACCGACUUGGAGGCGCUGUUCAACGCAGUGAUGAACCCCAAAGGCGCCAACGUGCCACACACGCUGCCCAUGCGACUGCGGAAACUGCCCGACUCCUUCUUCAAGCCGCCCGAGCCCAAGGCCCACUCCCGCCAGGCCAGCACUGAUGCCGGGACAGCAGGAGCCCUGACCCCACAGCAUGUCCGAGCUCAUUCCUCUCCAGCAUCACUGCAGCUGGGAGCUGUUUCUCCAGGGACGCUUACACCCUCUGGAGUAGUGACUGGGCCUGGAGCUCCAUCUUCUCAACACCUCCGCCAGUCUUCUUUUGAGAUCCCUGAUGAUGUACCUUUGCCACCGGGUUGGGAGAUGGCUAAGACACCAUCUGGACAGAGAUACUUUCUUAAUCACAUUGAUCAAACAACAACAUGGCAAGAUCCUAGGAAGGCCAUGCUUUCCCAGAUGAAUGUUACAGCUCCCACCAGUCCUUCUGUGCAACAGAACAUCAUGAACUCAGCAUCAGGCCCACUCCCCGAUGGAUGGGAACAAGCUAUGACCCAGGAUGGAGAAAUUUACUACAUAAACCAUAAGAACAAGACCACAUCUUGGCUAGACCCAAGGCUUGACCCACGCUUUGCUAUGAAUCAGCGAAUCAGCCAAAGUGCUCCAGUCAAACAGCCACCUCCUCUGGCUCCUCAGAGUCCCCAGGGUGGUGUAAUGGGAGGGAGUAGCUCCAAUCAGCAGCAACAGAUGAGACUUCAGCAGCUACAGAUGGAGAAAGAAAGGCUGAGACUGAAGCAUCAAGAACUGCUUCGGCAGGCAUUGCGGAAUAUCAAUCCCAGCACAGCAAAUUCUCCAAAACAUCAGGAAUUGGCUCUCCGUAGCCAGCUUCCAACAAUGGAACAAGACGGUGGAUCUCAAAACCCCGUGUCAUCUCCUGGAAUGUCUCAGGAACUGAGAACAAUGACUACAAAUAGUUCUGAUCCCUUUCUUAACAGUGGAACAUAUCACUCCAGAGAUGAAAGCACAGAUAGUGGCCUUAGCAUGAGCAGUUACAGUGUACCCAGAACCCCAGAUGACUUCCUGAACAGUGUUGAUGAGAUGGAUACAGGUGACAGUAUCGGCCAAAGUAACAUACCAUCCCAUCAGAACCGUUUCCCAGACUACCUUGAAGCCAUUCCAGGGACAAAUGUGGACCUUGGGACACUGGAAGGAGAUGGAAUGAAUAUAGAAGGAGAAGAACUGAUGCCAAGUCUGCAAGAGGCUUUGAGCUCUGACAUCCUUAAUGACAUGGAAUCUGUCUUGGCAGCCACCAAGCUAGAUAAAGAGAGUUUUCUUACUUGGUUAUAGGGGCCUCAGGGAGACUGAAUUCUAAAUCUGUGAAGGAUCUAAGGAGAUUAGGACAUCUGUAUCUGAAGUUCAGAACAAGCCAGUGUGGUGCACUUUGGCUUGUGUUCAGAAAAAGUAAAUGAACAAAUACUCAGCAAGUUUGUUUGGGUUUGCUCUUCCUUGUCCAUCGCUGCUGUUUUAUAUUGCUGACUUUUUUUCACAGUUGACUCUGAAGAACAGACAUCUUCUUGAUCUUUUUCUAUUGCUGUUGCAACUACUGUUGGAGGGGGGUGGGGAGGGAUGAUGAGCCUAUUUUGGAUGACGAAUGCCAUUCCUUUUGUCCUAGUGUGCGCUUGCGUAUCAUUUUAUCUAAGUACUCAGAUUUGAGAGUUAAUUCUGCAUGUCACUGCUUGUAGUUUGCUCAGCUAGUUGUCUCCUGCUGCCUGUGGCAAGUGGUAAAACAUGACAUACUGGGGUGACAAGCCAAAAAUGAUGUAUCUGGUCAAAAGAAGUCAAUACUGAUUUGGAGAUAAGACGUAAAGGAGGGCUGAAGAGACUGUUUGGCAUUAAGUGUUCCUACUAGUAGCUCUUGCAUUGGCCACGAAGUGCUCUUGUUUGUAUUUUAUGUUAUAGUAAAUCAGGAGUCAUUUUACAUAGAAACAUAUAUGAACUUUGAUUGUUGCCACAUACUCUAGCCUAACUUCCAUUUUUCAAAAAUACUUUGAUUAUUUUUGUUAGUUGGUUUAACUGUAGCUGUAGGAUGGGAAGUAAUUAUAGGUGUUCUGGGUUGUUUUUUUUAAUAGUGAAAUCUAAGGGUUUUUUCUGAUUUCACACAGUCUUAUUUAAAUCUAAAUUGUCUGCUUUUUUUUAUACUUAAACCAUGCCUAUUGUAGCCUGAUAAGCUAGUGAGUACAUAAACCAGUAUGUUUUGCCUGUAACUUUUUUAUUUUUUUAAAGGCUAGCUUUGAAUGUAAUCAUUAGAUUUCAUGACCAGUGGCUUAUUUUUCAUGUGUAUUUACGAGACUUUGAAUUACAAUCUGAUUACAGCAAUGUAAAAGUUAAGAGUCCUUUGUCAUGUGUACAAAUUUUAAAUGCAUCUUAAAGUAGCAGAACCAUUUUAAAAUUACAUCUAAUCUCGCUUCUGGUUUUCAGUUUUGAUCUUUAAGUGAGUUCAGAUUUUAAAAUCCUUAAUGGGAAAAAAAUUUAUGAAAAGUUUCUCUUAAGUUAACAGGGACAAAAAUUCUGAACUAUUAAUAUCACUGUGUGUUGCAAUGAAAAGGCUAGAACACCAAAAAACUUCUCGAUAAAAACUUCUAAUUGUAAUAGUUGUCUAGUUCUGUUUGGUGAAAAAUAAGCCCUGGACACUAUAUGUAGAAGAAUGUAAAGAUAUGUGUUAGAUGGUGACAUGAGCAGGUAAUGAAGUGUAUAUUAGUAGUAGAGCUUAGCAUGGGGUAGAGGUGAAUAUGAAUCAUUUUUAUUUUAACAGGAAAAGAUGUAUCACUAAGUUGUCUGCAGGAGUUGACACAAGUUUCCAAAGAGUAUUUUUAAAUGAACAAAAUGAGCGUGAAUCAAACUUUCAAUAUAAGCUAUGAAUUUUUGUGGGGCUUUUGGGUUUUUUUCUGAUGAAAAAUAGUGUCACCAGUUAACA